AUGGAGUCAAACAUUAGCAACAAGCAUAUGAUGAUGACAACCCUAAUGCUGCUCGUCUCCGUCAUAGCCAUUGCGGACAGCGUUUGCUACGUACUCGCAGCCCAGGAGCCAUCCGCCACCGUCGGCAAAACUACUGGAGAUGAGGCAAUGAUGGCGAGGUACAAGAAGUGGAUGGUGCAGUAUGGCCGCAAGUACAAGGACGACGCCGAGAAAGCACACCGUUUCCAGGUAUUCAAGGCGAACGCCGAGUUUAUUGACAGGUCCAACUCUGGAGGCAAGAAGAAGUAUGUCCUGGGGACCAACCAGUUUGCCGACUUGACCACCAAAGAGUUCGCAGCUCUGUACACCGGUUUGAAGAAGCCGGUGUCAUCCGGGGCCAAGAAGAUGCCUGGUUUCAGGUACCAGAAUUUUACGCGCCUAGAAGACAAUGUCCAGGUUGACUGGAGGCAGCAGGGUGCUGUCACUCCUGUGAAGAACCAAGGCCAAUGUGGCUGUUGCUGGGCGUUCUCUGCGGUAGGUGCCAUGGAAGGUAUCAACCAGAUAUCCACAGGAAACCUGAUCUCCCUGUCUGAGCAGCAGAUUCUAGACUGCGACGAGUCAGACGGGAACCACGGCUGCAACGGUGGCUACAUGGACAACGCCUUCCAAUACGUCGUCAACAAUGGCGGCAUCACCACCGAGGAUGCAUACACUUACGCUGGAGCCGAAGGGACGUGCCAAAACGUCCAGCCAGCCGCCACCAUCAGCGGCUACCAGGACCUGCCCAGCGGCGACGAGAACGCGCUCGCCAACGCAGUUGCCAACCAGCCGGUGUCUGUUGGCAUCGACGGCGAAUCGAGACCUUUCCAGCUUUACCAGGGUGGCAUAUACGAUGGGAAUGGCUGUGGCACGGACAUGAACCAUGCAGUGACAGCGAUCGGCUACGGCACCGAUGACCAGGGAACCCCGUAUUGGAUCCUCAAGAACUCGUGGGGCACAGGCUGGGGUGAGAACGGUUACAUGCAGCUCCAGAUGGGCGUCGGCGCCUGUGGUAUCUCCACGAUGUCGUCCUACCCAACUUCAUGA